GCGAGGGAUGUGGAUGUCUAUCUUUAAAAAUUGGGUUCUGGUGAUCCUAUUAGGAUCAACUGUCUCACCACCACCCGCUUCCUCCAUGUGGAUGACAGCAUCUUCGGGAUCUCCCACCAUACGUCAAGUUCAUGUCAUAACACGGCACGGGGCUCGAUAUCCAUUACAAAAGAACUCUGACAACCUGAAAGAGCAGACUAGAAAUGGCUUGACUCCUCUUGGUGUUAGCCAACUUCACAGUCUUGGGGGUUGGCUCGCUAUUCGCUAUGAUGCCUUUUUCGAAGACGGAGCUGCUGCAUCGGCACGGAUUCGUCUUGAGUCCUCCGCAUUACAACGGACUAUCGAAUCGGCAAAUGCACUGGCACUGGGGUUUUGGAAAGCGAGCUUCCCGAAUGACGAGACUUCCUCGCUCCUGCCCGCAAACUCAACGUUUGUUCCUCUAUCCGUUUAUUCGACUCCGCUAGAAUCUGACAUUCGAAUCCGUGCUUACGACAAAUGCGUUGCGUUUCAUAAACAGCUGGAUCGCCUAUACGAAAGUGAGACUUGGAUUGGAAUUGAGAAUGACAAUCGGGCAUUUUUGGGAAAGCUAGCUUCUAUUCCAAAGUUUAGCGAGUACUCAGCGAAAUCAGCUGAUGGCGGUAGGAUUGUACCCCUUAAGGAACUAUGGAAUGUUUUUGACCUCAUUCAUGUCGCGAAAACAGAAUGUGAGGACCUAACAGGUUCGACGUGCCAAUCAUUAGCAGACCCUGAUGUUGCCGAUGUCUUGAAUGUCGAAGAAUGGACUCAGCUGCAAGGCCUAGCCCAUAGAGCAGAGCUGUUGAAAUACCGAGAUUCUUUUGCCGGACGUAUGGUCGGUGCUAAUUUAUUGCUCCAAAUUUUGGAACGCAUGCAGGAUACGACGGUUGACUUUUUCCUCUAUUCUGCGCACUAUCCAACAAUCUUAGGGCUACUUUCUGCUUUGGACGAGGAUCCGAUUGACACAUUACCUGACUACGGGACGGCUUUACUAUUUGAAGUUUAUUACGAUAACGAAACGAAUACGGAAUGGUUUCAAAUAAAAUACAGACCCGGCGACAUUGUUCAAAAUUCAAGCACACUUGUUUCACUUGGAAAGCGUUGUCACAACGCGACGUGCCAACAUUUGGAUUUUGACGAGUUUCUGUCGACAUGGUCAGUCACUGCAUGGUGCAACGAAUGCGGCACGGAAAGCACCAGCGUCUGUUCAGUUGGAGUUCCAAAAUUCUGCUCAAGUGACCUCGAUCGCCCUGUUCUGGUGGGGUUUUUCGUUGGACUAGUUUCUGCGCUGGCUGGCAUUGGCAUAGUGCUUUCUAAGCGCUUUCUUAAUCGGCGAAACAACGCGGUACAAACGUCCCAACAACAAGAGCACGAAGAUCGCCCUCCCAAAACGGAUUUCACAGAUCACGACUCCAUGCAAAGCCCCUACGAUGCUACCAUGGCGUGA